GUCGCGGUGCAUGCAUAGACGACGGCGUCGACGCCGUCGCGCUGCCUUUCGGUAAAGCCCAACAGUAACGCCGCGACGCUCAUGGACAAGAGGUCAUAUGACCUCCGAGCAAUUACGGGAAGAGGAGAAAGAGGAGCCAAAAAAUUACUGAGUUAUUAUAACGCCGAAUUUGAUGAGGCGGACCAUCGGAGGAGAAGCGAUCUUCCAUCCGAGGAGUGUUUCAUUUUAAUUAAAUUUUUUUUCAUGGUAUAUUUUCGGUGAAGUGAAUGUUGGCAGUACGAACGCCUAUUAAAAAAAUUAAUUAGAGAGAAAUAGCGGAGAAAAUUAAAAUGUGACGAGCAUCAAAAAGUGAUAGGAAUUUAUUUUUGAAUAAAGGAAAACUACAGUCCGCAGGAGUCGAUUCGGCGUGAAAAUGGACGAGGAAACGGACUGGAAUUUUUGACGUUGGAGUUUAACGAGCGUCGCCGCCAUGUUAGGGGCAAAAUUCGAGUCAAUGUUCAGCUAAUAUGUACUUAGCGGUCACUGCGUUACUGCUUCUCAGUACCGGUUUAGCAGGUUCGAUGCCUGGAGGACCAGGAGUUCCAGAAAACAUUACAGUCACCUUUCUAAAUCCCACGUCCGUGCGCGUCUCGUGGGCGACAUCCUCGGAGAAUGCCGACAAAUACGACGUCACCUACAAACCCACAGGUGCCAGAGUGGUGGCGUUGGUGGCGGGCAAUUCGGAUGCAGUGACGUUGAGCGGCCUUAAGGCCGACACCCAAUACCAAUUAACGGUAGCCGCCGUUUGGCGCGGCAAAAAAUACAGAAGUCGACCGAUUGUCUUCCGCACUCUGGAACCGCCGCGUACGUCGCCGCAGCAGGACCAAAUGGCCGCGGCGUUUUCGACGCCCGAGCCGGCCGUCGCGACGUCCACCGCUAGGGACAAGGAGGCGACGCCGACCGGCGACCAAGCGCCCGCCGAUUUGGUCGAGUACCCUCAAACCAGCUCGACGGUGAGAGGAGUAGAAAUAGGUAUAGUUCUUCUGGUGCUGUUCGUUUGGAUAGCGGCCAUAGCGUUGUUCUUCAAUCGAUGGGGCAAGAUUCGCAUGCUGCUGCCCUACCAGCCCGACUACAAGCACGAGCAGCUCAAAGUACCGGGAACGGCCGCCUGCGCCGCCGCCGUCGCCUCCGGUAACACUUGCACGCACAAUUCCGGCGAUCACAUCUGCCAACAGGUCUUUCAUUCCCAAAAUUCGAUCCACGCUCAGCCGCCGCGACGCGCCAGGCCGCGCAUGAACAGCGCCAUCUUCGUGUCGAACAGCGGCCCCGGCCUGGACCCGAAGGAGUUCUUCCGCCGGCACGGGUCGGUGUCGAAGCUGUGCAGGAAGGCGCGCAGCGUGGACAACAUAUCGCUGGAGGAGCAGCACUUCGGGCUGCCGCAGCUGUCGAUAUCGGGGCCGUCGCCGCCGGAGGACGACGAGCGCGAGAUGGACGCCGACGGCGACGAGAUCGCCGAGACUGAGACGCUGAUGGGGGACGAGUGACGGAGCGAUUGGUUUCUGUCCGGUAACGUUCGAGUGUAGGCGGUCGCAGUGUAAGAAGAAAGCAGUUCUUCCUGUAUAUUUACAAAUUUUAAUAGGUACUUGAUGUUCAUCUGAUCCUUUGGCGGCUGAAUUACUAAAACUGUUGUUUGAUAUACUAAAUGCUUUUUUCUUAUAUCUGUUCGGCAUGUUAGUAUAUUCGUCUUCUAUUCAAUUAAAAUGUACUGUCGCUAAUUAUUUUCGAAGCAAUAAAGUGUGAUUUAAAUUAAAACAGAAACAGCUACAACGGUGCCAAUGACUGCGAAAUAUUAGUGUACUGACAGAGCGUUUUUUUGUAGUAGAGCAUCCUUUUGUGUCAUUUUAUUGUAGAAUUACUAUGAUUUCAAACGCUAGAACUUUUGUAAAUAUUUUUUUAAAAUCCAAACGUAUCAAGAAAAGAUGUAAUUACACUUUAACGUAUACAACUCCCAACUUAUCAAACAAAAUUCCAUAACAUAUCAAAAACCUUGGGUCCAAAAUUACGUGACCAAUUUUCUCCAAAAAUAACAUGUAUCAAUUAGAAAAAUGCCAUAUAUGUAGGUAUUGUAUUAUUUAUUAUAGUUUGGGACGUGUUGUAUAGCUUCGCAUGAGGCGCCAGAUAAAAUUUUCUUGGGACCAAACGUGAAAACAAACAAUACAAGAAAAGCUUUAAUCGAUAAGGCGGACUGAAUAUUUCAUGAACAUAAAAAUGGAUUUGUUCAUUUCGUUUAAAAAAAUACGUUUUUUCUUACCUGUACACGCUCUUCAAAUCUCGAUAUACGUUAAAGUGUAAAAAGCAUCGUCUAAAGAAGCACAACAGACCAAAGUAAAGCUGAAUUUAUUCGAAAAAUAUUCAAAAUACCUCUUCGUAUUAUCAUAUCGUUUAAUGUCCUGCGUUCCCGGUCGUUCGAUCGCAACGUGCAGGACGGACUUAACAACAUUUUACACAUCGAAAAUAUCUUUGCUCAAAUCAUUAUGUACAAGAGUACCUAUUUUUAUUUAAUUUUGAUUUCGAAAAUACGCCAAUUUUGAACAAGUAUUAAAAACGAUUAGCUACAUAUAUAAUUUAUUUUGUUUCUUCGAUAAAAUCUCUCAUUUCAUGCGCAGAAGAUUGUAUAUACUUACUUAGGAUAAACAAAAAUUGUAAAAUAUUUUAAAUAUCCCUAAAAUUUGUCUAUGAUUAUGUCAGUCAAUGAAUGGUAUUGUUGAGCUUUAAGAAUUAAAACAUACGUCGCCGUGAAAUAGUCAAUUAUAAACUAAAUAUUUUUAACUGCUUCAUUUCCUUAUACUUAACAGUUUACCCGAAAUUCAAAAUAUCUUUACUAUACAUUAUAAUAAUACGAGUAUAUACAUAUUUAAUACCUACAAAGAACCAAAAUAGCUUUAAUUAAAUCCUAGAGAUGCCUAGAGUAGUUUUUCUCUUGAUAUAUAAUAUAGAACGAAUUUCCCGAAUUAUAUAUUUUCACAUUAAUGUAGUAAUUUCAAUUUCUAAGCAACUAAAUUCUCAACUUUUUUACGAAAAAGAAUAUUUACCUAUAACACAGAAUUUGAUGAGAAUGAUAUUGCUAGUAAGUAAUUGUUGGAAGUAGAAAGAAUUUAUAGGUAAAACAUUAAAUUGUGGGUCCAAAAUAGUUUUAUCCUUAAUAAAUUUUUGGACAAACCUAAUUAUUAUGUACAUUAUAAAGAUACCUUUCAAUAUGUAAAAAUGCCUUGAAACCAUUUACAAUGUACUUUUUUAUUUUUUCAUACAAAUUAUAAGCUAGAACUUCCCGAGGUGUUUUAUUUCUUAUCAGAACUUGUCAGUCAUAUUUUUAUUUAAUUCGUCCGUUCAUAUUGGUAAAACUUUUAUUUCAAUUCAAGUACAAUAAAAUUUGCUGAUCAAUAAAAAAUAAACCACUUCGCAGAAAAACUAUUUUCUUAGGAUAUCCAAAGAUAUAUCUAAAAAUAUGUAUAUUGUUUUUAAACUGUGAUGAUAAGGCCUUUCUAUUAACCAAUUUGUUUUAAAAUUAGUUUUUAGAAAAGUAUGUAUGUAUCUAUUGACUAUGUAAAAUUAUGUACAUAUACUCCUACAUGCAUUAUUGAUUUUGUCACUAAAAUUUCUUUGUGUAAUGCAAAAUAAAAUUAUGUAUCCCUCGUACAAAAUUUAUUUAUAACGCCUUCUUUAUCCCACUAACUGUAGAACAUUUAUCUUCCUUUCACCAUCCAUUCUUUCCGUGUGAACAACCGAAUUUUUCGGCCGAUUUUCUGAGAAAGUACCCCUAUGAGACUUCCCUAAAAUAUUCUUCAACUUCAAGGGGGUGCUGCCCCUUUAACAAGGUCAAGCGAGUCCUAUUUACAAUUAAAUAAUAGGACUAAUUUAUUAAAAAAAUAGAAAUUUAUUAAACUUAUUAGGUAAAGGAAAUAUAAAAUAACUAUCAAUCCUCAUCAGAACCAGAACUGGCGUUUUCUUGGUUCUCCAAAUACUGCUUAAUCUGGUCCUGCAAGGCCUUGUCUUCUUUCAAUUGAGAUAUUUUCAAAUUAUUGUUAUUGCAGCCAAUGUAGGGGCAUUUCGCUUUUUUCUUGGAACUUUCAAUAUAAUUGGCUAUAGUGUCGUAUUCGUAAACAUGUCCGCACACUUUGUUUCUGUACGCUACAGUAAUAAUUGCUUUACUAAUAGGAUCUACGGGUGGGGUGAAGACAUUUGCACAAAACAUGGAUUCCUCCAGUUCAUCGUAUUCGGAAUCUUUUAAUUUUUUGUUUUUC